AUGGACUACUUCUACCCACAUCUUCAGACCGGCGUGACUGAGCCGGUGCUGGUCACCCAGGUCUGGGACUCUCAUCGCCUCUACUGCCAGCUGAGGAGCAUGUCUCAUGAGGUUCAGAGGCUGUCGGAGAGCAUGCACCAUUACUACGAGGUUCAGAAGGGUUGCGGAGAUCUAGGGCAGCAGCCAUCUUUAGUGCUGGGUCAGCCGUGUGCGUCUCGUGGCACAGACGGGCGGUGGUACCGCUCCUUGCUGCAGGAGUACUUCCCAGACAAGCAUCUGGCUACGGUCGUCCAUGUGGACUGGGGAAGGAGAGAGAUUGUAUCAUUAAGUGGAUUGAGAAACCUGGCCUCCGAAUUCUUCCGUAUGCCGGUGGUGACCUACCCUUGCACCAUGUAUGGCAUUUCCAGUGGAAUCUUAGGCUGGGACUCGGCGAUGUUAACGGAAAUCCGUUCUUUGCUGCUCGGAAGGCACGUCAGCGCGAAGAUUGAGUGCUACAAUUCUUACGAGCGUUUGUACGUGGUCACCUUGUUUGCCGAAGAUGGCGUGAACCUCAAUAACUUUCUCAGCUUGCAAUCACAAAGAGUUCAAGUGUGCCCGGGUAAGAUGCCUAGCGCCACAGAGCCUCCUCCACUUACAGAGGAUAAUGUGACAGAAGACAGUCCCUAUAGUUCCAAGUUCCCACCGGUAGAGCUUGAAAUCGGAAAAUUCAAAGACGCAGUGGUGGAAUAUGUCAUCGACCCCUCAAACUUUUGGAUCCGGCUUGAGAAGUAUGCAGAGAACUUUAAGGAAAUGGUAGAAGGUAUUACCACGAAGUAUACCAAAGCUUCAAAAUUGGAUGGGAUCAUAGCCUAUCCCAACGCUGGUCAGCUCUGCUGUGCAAAGUAUCAAGACAUGUACUACCGUGCCGAAAUUAUAUCGGUCAUCCAUAAAAAGGUGAAUGUAUACUUCCUGGAUAAUGGGAUAACCGAGACGGUGGACUGGACCGAAGUGAAGGAGCUGCCUGUACAGUUUUCAAAACUUCCAGGGCUGGCCAAUAAAUGCUGCCUUGCCGAGACGUACCCUCUAGGAGAGGCCUGGAGUCAGGAAGCCAUCUUGGCCUUUAAAGUAGCAGUCAUCGAUAAAAAGUUCAUCAUUCACGUGGUCUCAAAAGAUGGCGAUGAGUAUACCAUAGAGCUCAUUGACGAGUCCAGGUUCGAAGAAAAAAAUGUAGGAAAAAUACUGGCGAAAGUAGGACUAGCCAGCUUUGAGGAGCUCGAUUCUGUAAACCGUCCAACCAGCGGUGAAAAAAUGGCACACGAUGAAUCGGCUAGGGCCGCAUUGAAUCCGGCGGCUCCAGAUUACGUGUCUAAGGUUCAGGAGUCUGAUGCUUCUGCCAUCUAUGAAGAGAAUAUGGAGGACUCGCCCUUCGAAGAUCAGUUGUUUGAACCCGGCACAACGAUUGAGAUAAUGGUGUCACACGUUGAGCACCCUGGACUGUUUUGGUGCCAAAAUGCCAGCUAUAAAGCGGACCUUAACUCCUUGAUGGGAGCUAUACAGGACCAUUGUAUGUCCACAGAUUGCCCGUAUAGCGCUGAAACAUUGGCGUGUUUGGCAAGGAGUCCGAGUGAUGGGAUCUGGCGCCGAGCGUUCAUCACCGAGAGUCCCGUAAACAUGUCAAAAACAUCUGUUGUGAAAGUCUUAUACGUGGACUAUGGGAAGCAAGAGACGGUCUCUGUUACGAACCUCCGUGCCUUGAGCAGUGAAUUCUUCUACUUAAAGUCCCAGGCUUUUAAGUGUAGCCUCUACAAUAUCAUUACCCCAGUAGAGGGCAGCCCUUUCCUCUGGGACAAUAAUGCCUCAGAAGUUUUCAAGCAGUUUGUCCAGGGUGCCUCUAAAUGGACUGAAUUCCACUGUAUCGUCUAUGCGACUGCAAGUCUGAAUAAGGAGCUAUUUAAUAUUGUGGAUUUGUAUACCCCAUUCGAAAGCGUGUGCGAUACCCUAGUGCGGAGCAGCUACGCGGCACACCUGCAUCACAAGUCCCUGACGCCAUCUGUACAGCUUACCUCCUUCUACUAUUCAAAGCAUGACAUUAAAAUGGGGAACGAUGAGGAGAUCUAUGUAAUGCACGUCGUUUCACCAUCAUCUUUUUACGGACAUCUGGCCAGGGCUUUUGGAACCCUGGAUCAGAUUUCAUUGAAAAUCACCAAGGCUGUAAAAAAAGCACAAAAGAUAAAAUCGACUCCCAUCUCUGGCACUCUGUGUCUGGCAAAGUUUGUGGACCAGCAGUGGUAUCGUGGCCUCAUCGUUUAUGAGAAUGGAAUCAAGAAAAUAUUCUUUGUCGACUACGGCAAUACCGAAACUCUUCCAGAAGAAGACCUUUUACCAAUUAUGCCUAGCGAGAAUGACCUUUUAUUUACACCAAUGCAAGCUAUAAAAUUCUCCUUGUCUGAUACCCCAUCUAAGCUUCCGGAUGAAAUUGUAUCCUGGUUUGAAAACGUCGUUCUGGAUACAAAACUGCGGGCACAGAUUGUUGAGAAAGAUGCGGGUGGAAAGUUAUCUGUAGAGCUGUACGACGGUAAACUGCAGAUUAAUGCAGCCCUCAAAAGUAAGUUGGGUUUGUCGGUUCCAAAAGCCAAAUUAGAUCGUGGGGCGGGUGAUCAGUCCAAGACCUUCAAGCAGGAUGAUUCAAGGAAGUUGCCCAGUAAUACAAGCCACCAAGAAAGAAUGACCAGUUUCUCUGUAGGGAAGAAUGUUAAAAGCAGGGAUUCUGAUAUUCGUGAUCAUUCAGAUAUGGGUCAAGAACCAGAACCACGUUCCAGAAAGAAUCCAACCUUUCCAUAUAAAGCAGAAAAGAGAGAUCACAAUUCACAGUUUCAAGAUUUCAGUUCCCAGAAAAAGACUGAAACUGUCCAAAGAGGUUCAUACCAAGAAAGCCAUGGAGGGAGAGAUACAAAACAAGGUGGAAACAAGACCUUGCCAGAAAGACAAUCCUGCACAUUGGCAGUCGAUGCCAAACGCCAGUCUCCGGCAAAAGCACCCGUGGCGACAUUAAGUGAUAUUCCCAAGAGAACAAUUCUCCCUGGAAUGAAGGAACCUGUAUACAUUUCACAAACAAACUCUGUUUUUGACUUUUACCUUCAGGUAGCCGAGGACAGUCAGCUGGAUGAGAUGUCAGACAUUCUGAAUAACGAGAAGAGUUCUUUCGAGGAUCUCGGUGUUGACGACAUCCGUGUCGGAAACGUUAUUUGCGUUCCUUUUCCUGAUGAUGGACUGUAUUAUCGGGGACUAGUGACCAGGAAGAGCAGGCAAGGCCUAUGUGUGGAGUACAUCGAUUAUGGGAACACUUCUGCCCUCUCCGACUGUAAGAGCUACAGGCUCCCACAGAAGUGUCUCUCUGUUCCUGUAAUGAGCAUUCAUUGCUCGUUGGCUAAACCUAGAAAUGCAUUGACAUCACCCGACCUGCGGGAGCUGCUGGCUGAGUUUUCCAAGCGAGUGUGCGACAUCCAGCUUGAUUGCGAGUUUGUGACGCAAGAUGGCCCUAAGUGGGACGUAAUUCUUAAAGAUGAGCUAGGGUGCAUUAAUGAUCUGCUGACUGCCUCUGAAGAACCUGUGCCGGAAAAAAACAUUGCGGAAGUAAGCGAAAUGGUCAUGAAAAUGAAUAUUACGAAGGAGGAAACUUCUGUUAAAACCUUUACUUGGAAUUUGCCACAACCUGGGGCCACCGUAAAAGUCUUUGCUAGUGCAGCCGACAGCCCUGACUGUUUCUGGUGUCAACUCUCAACGGCAGAUAUUGACUCCCUGGCAUCACAAGUCCAAGAGGCUGGAGAGCAGUCCAUCAAGAGUGAUGAUUUUAUUGACUCCCUCAAGAUCGGCAGCCCUUGCAACGUCGUCUUUAGUGAGGAUGACAACUGGUACAGGGCUAUUGUUACUCGUCUGGAGGCCGGUCUGGUGACCGUCAGGUUCAUAGACUACGGUAAUGAAGACUCUGUUGGCCGAGACCAAAUUAAGCAGCUUCCUGAUUCUCUAAUACAAAUUCCUCCCCAAGCGUUUCCAUGCUGCCUGGCAGAUUUUGACAUGAAAGCAGGAACCUGGAGCCCAGAAGCCAAAAAUUACUUUUAUGAGAAGGUUACUGAAGACAUGCUGGAGUUAACAGUCUGUACAAUAGAAGAAAGUGACUCAUGCCAUAUACCGGUGGCUUCUGUAACAGUUAAGUGUAACCAGUUGGAAGUUAAUGAAGAGAUGAGGAGGUUUGGGGAAAAAGUACAGUGUACGGACCAAGAACUGCCGCAUGAACCCACCAACUUCAGUCCCAAGGAGAUAAUGGAAGAAGAUCAGUCUCACAGUUAUAUAGAUGCACCCACUGCAGACCCGGGAUCAAAUCUUGGAGAGCGCGCCCAGUAUGAAGAAGGGGUUGAAGACACCGUGGACUUACAUCAUACAGUACAUGUGGACCUGGCUGGAGAAGACUCGGAUCAUGCCGCUCUGAUCGAUCACGCUCCAGAGGACAUGGAUGAACUGGGGCUUCCCUUCAGGCGGAGGAUCGCAUCUCCACUAGAUGCUGUAGAGCUCCAGUCUCACAUGGGAAUGGGCUUUAGUUCUGGCCUCUUUCUGGUUUACUACCAAUACACCGUGGACUUACAUCAUACAGUACAUGUGGACCUGGCUGGAGAAGACUCGGAUCAUGCCGCUCUGAUCGAUCACGCUCCAGAGGACAUGGAUGAACUGGGUAACGUGUAG